AGAUUAGAUAGAAACAUAUUUGUGGAUCUUGUUACUUGCAUGAAAAAUAAAAAUUUAUUAUCGGAUGGUCGUUACAUAUCGAUCUGUGGCUGAGCAAUUAGGAAUAUUUUUAUAUAUCAUGGCUAAAGGCAGUUCUUAUCGUGAUGCUGCCGGUCGAUUUCAGCACUCUAUUGCAACAAUUGGGUUGUACUUUAAACAAGUACUGGAAGCAAUGGUUCAUUUGUCUACCGAGAUCAUAAGACCAUACCAAAGUUUGACCGUGGUGCCAAAAAAAAUAGGUGACAGCACAAAAUAUUGGCCAUAUUUCAAGGAUUGUGUUGGAGCAUUGGAUGGGACUCAUAUAAAUGCAGUUGUAAGCGAUGAUGAUGGUGUGGCACAUCGAGGGCGUAAAGGAAAAAAAACAUGGAAUGUUUUGGCUGCCUGUUCCUUUGAUAGGCUUUUUACGUUUAUCAACGUUGGAUUUGAAGGUAGUGCUCAUGAUAUUACUGUAUGGAACCAUUGCUUAACUGUAUCAGAAUUUCGAUUUCCCCAUCCACCUCCAGGAAAAUAUUAUCUAGUAGAUUCUGGAUAUCCGAAUACCGUUGGAUAUUUGAGUCCAAUAAAAGAAAAAGAUAUUAGAACCCAUUUGCCUGAAUUUCGAAAUGGUCCACCACCACAAGGCAUGCUUGAACUUUUUAAUUAUCUUCACUCUUCACUUCGAACAACGAUCGAGAGAUGUUUUGGAUAA